AAUAUUUUGCGAUAGCAGCUCGUGCUGGUGCGGCAGGAGCGAAAUAAAUUGCUUAAUUAUUUGUGUCAAAAGUGUAUAAAGAUUAAGUCAAUAUCAAAACAUUGGAGGUCUUUGGGGCUGUCAGUUCAUUUUAGAAAACGUUCUCCCGGCUAAUAAUUUUUUUGUUUGUGUUUUGUGAUUGCCUUUGCGUCUAGCAUCAGCGUCGUGACGGAAAGAAAUAAUCAAAAAUUAAUAAAUAUGCAAAUGUGAAAUAAAUGCAAACAAUUAUUAAGUUAUUUUACCGCGGAAAAAUUCAGAAAAUCACACAAAGUUGAAAACCCCCUACAAGCGCAUAUGCAAACAAACAUACACAAUCGCACUUGCACACACAACACGCAAAAACGAAAGCAGCAGCAGCAAUAGAAGUGGCUGGGCAGAGGGCAGAGAUUGCAAAAGAAGUUCGUUGCCUUCUAAAGAACCAACAUCUAAAAGUGCAAUAGAUUUUGCGAAAGAAAAGAAACACAAUAAAGAAAAAAAAAUCGAAGUAAGCCCGGCCAAGAGCAGCAGCACCUAACGGGACCUGCGUUUGCUAUAAAUAAAAACAACAGCGGUGACUGCGGCGGCAGCAGCGACGUCAGCAGCGGCAUCUGUUUAUCAUAUAAAAAUAAACAAAAGAAAGAUAGAAGAAAACGAAAAGAAAUAAGAAACAAAUAGACAAAGGCAAGGACUGAAGAGGCGUCGAGGUGUGUGUGUGUGUGUGUGUAGACCCCGAGGCAAGGUGAAUCCGUUGUGUCUGGGUUGAAAACAAAAAACUUAACAAAUAUGAAAGAAUAAAAACAAAUAAAAUCCAGAUCCAGAUCAGAUCCAAAGUGAACUCAAAACUAAAAUGCCUUGCGAUAAUGCGAAAACUUCAUCCGACAUUGAGCAUGUGGAUUGGAAUAGUUCGGGUCAGCCCUAUGCGAAUGUCAGAUUCGGUUCCGGUUCGAGUCAGGCCUCGCAGAAUAGCGGCGACAUUUGUCGGAUCUGCCAUUGCGAGAGCGAUCCACAGAAUCCGUUGCUAACGCCGUGCUAUUGCUCGGGCAGCCUCAAGUAUGUGCAUCAGGCCUGUCUCCAGCAAUGGCUGACUGCAUCUGAGACGAAUUCAUGUGAGCUCUGCAAAUUUCCAUUCAUCAUGCAUACCAAAAUCAAGCCAUUCAACGAGUGGCGCAGCCUUGACAUCUCCGGAAUUGAACGGCGGCGUCUCUGCUGCUCGGUGCUUUUCCACUUGGCUGCUGCCUUGUGUGUCAUUUGGUCGCUGUGCGUGCUCAUCGAGCGGGCAGCGGAUGAUGUCCAACGUGGUCAGAUAGAUUGGCCCUUCUGGACGAAAUUGGCUGUGGUUACGGUGGGUCUAACCGGCGGCUUUGUCUUUAUGUAUAUCCAAUGUAAAGCCUACUUGCAUCUCUGUCAUCGUUGGAAGGCACGCAACAGAAUUCUACUUAUCCAAAAUGCCCCAGAGAAGAUUCAUCCCUUGGCUCCACCCUCGCCUGUGGCGGGAAGCCAUCAUCAGCAGCAGCAGCACUUUAGUGAGUCGAUGGGUCAGGGGUCAGGAGCCGGUACAGUCGAGAUUAACAAUAUAGGCGGAUCUGCCGGAGAUGGAUCUUCGUGCGCGGCUAAUUUAGAAAAUGGAGCUGCUUCCUCAAUGGCGGGUGGAGGCUUUGGGGGAGGCGGCGGACUGCUGCAACAACGUCUCCCUUUGCCUCCACACAGCAAUGGCAGCAGCUGUGCGGCUGGUACCCAAACCGAGGACUCUAUGAAUGUGCAGCAACAACAGCAUCAUCAACACCCAGAGCAUCAGCUUCACCAGGAGGAUCAGCAGCAUCAACUGGAACUGGAGCAGGGUGAUCAGCAGCAUCACCUCCAUCAUCAUCAUCAUCUGGGCCAAGUGGCCGUCGCUGCCAAUAUCGAGUGCUCUCAAUCUCAACAUAAUUAUGACCGAGAUUGGGCCCUAGACGACGUCGUCUCGCAGAUCUCCUCGUUUCGUCCUUGCCCGCAGGGUUCGGGUAGCAUGACACCGUUCCAUGACUCCAUACACAAUGUCCUCGAGCACUCGGAGAGCUCCAGUCGUGGCUCCAACACAGAUCUGUGUGCCGGCUCAAGGCAAGAUCUGAGCGCCUCGGGUCUAUCCACAGACACGGGUCGGGAAAAUGCCCUUCAAUUGAGCAGUUUCAGUGGCAGCGGAGAGCACAAGGCUCCGUCAAUCAGCAGCGGUGUCUCUCAUGCUGUGGCCAAUGGCUUGGGGGGAUUUGUCUACAAGCCGCAUCAGACGAAACGCUAUUCCAAUUCGUCCAUCUUUCUGGAGAAUCGUGAUAUACUUAAUGACAAUGGACUGGGACAAGCCCAACCCUAUGACUUUUGUACGCCUCCAAAGAUGAUGGACUACAGCCAACAGUUGGGAUGCUGUCUAACCGAUUGCCUGGAUAAGCUGGAUAAGAAGGAUCAUCCAACGGAUGUAGUGCUCGACAUGGAUCUACCCACAUCACCCUUAUCACCGCCAGCGGCUUAUGCCAGUCAUCAUCAUCAGCAGCAGCAGCAACAACAGCAGCAGCAGCAGCAGCAGCAGCUGAUCAGAAAGCAGCAUCGUUCCUUUGAUGCUGGCGUGGAUGAAGUGGUCGACAAUGGGCCCAAUCGGCAGGCAAACCACUCGUCAGCCGAUAUUCAAAUGGAUCGCUCUCGUUUGUUCUUCAAAUCGUUGCCAAAUCUCAGCAGCAGCUGUGAAAGUCUCAUCAAAAAGUGAUCAGCCACCAUGGACAGAAACAGAAACCCCAAUUCCACCCCGCCACAAAUACUUACACAAACUCUCUAUAACAAUAACUUAUACCUAUGUAUCUAUCUAUCGAUCUAUCUUCCUAACUACAGAUUUGUCAAGUUGUCCUUUGUUUUUAUAUAUACUUUGAACUAGCUUAUAUUAUUUUCAUCAUCGAACCAUAAACCAUGAACAAUUUGAGACUGCGAAAGAAAACAUGACAAGAAAAUGAAACAAAACACAAAAUGAUGAUACAAGAUGUAGAACAAAACCUUUAAGACAUUAUUAACAGAUAUCGUUUGAGAAUUGUAAUUAGUUUUAGGCACUGAACAAAAAAUCAAUAUAUGUAUAUAUUAAUGUGAACCCCGAAUGGCAAGGGAUCUUUAAAUGGUUAACUAACUUCAUCUUGCUGGAGUCACAAAUCGCCACGGAUUACAAUUUACCAAUUAUUACACUA